CACCAAUAUGUCUACACCACCAAGAAUCCAUUCCUUAGACUUGUCCUCAAGUGAACUAACUGGAAUUAUAGUUCCUGGGAUCCAAAAUCUUACGGAGCUUCAAAGAUUGGACCUGUCAAAUAAUAAUUUAAUAGGUGGAGUACCUGAAUUUCUAGCCAAAAUGAAAUCAUUGUUAGUCAUAAACUUAAGCGGAAACAACCUUAGUGGUUCAGUCCCUCAAGCUCUACUCGAUAAAGUGAAAAAGGGAUUGAAAUUGAACAUUGAAGGAAAUCCAAACCUCUGUUCUUCCGGUUCAUGCAACAAAAAGAAAAAUAGCAUCAUGUUACCAGUUGUUGCAUCACUUGCUUCUUUGGCUGCUAUAAUAGCAAUGAUCGCUCUUCUUUUUGUUUGUAUUAAAAGACGCCCAUCAAGCGGAAAAGGUCCAUCAUCAAGCCAACAAUCAAUAGUAACAAAAAAGAGAAGAUAUACAUAUGCCGAAGUCCUUGCGAUGACAAAUAACUUUGAAAGAGUUUUGGGUAAAGGAGGGUUUGGGAUGGUCUACCAUGGUUAUAUAAAUGGUACAGAAGAAGUAGCGGUUAAGCUACUCUCUCCAUCAUCAGCUCAAGGCUAUAAAGAGUUCAAAACAGAGGGAGAACUUCUUCUAAGGGUUUACCACACAAAUCUGGUAAGUCUUGUUGGAUACUGCGAUGAAAAAGAUCGCUUGGCCCUCAUCUACCAGUACAUGGCCAAUGGCGAUUUGAAACAACAUUUGUCAGGUAGCUCCAUAAUUAGCUGGGUUGAUAGACUAAACAUAGCAGUUGAUGCCGCACUAGGAUUGGAAUACUUACAUAUUGGCUGCAAACCGCUGAUAGUUCAUAGAGAUGUAAAAAGUUCUAACAUACUAUUGGACGAUCAAUUACAUGCCAAGCUUGCAGACUUUGGGCUAUCAAGAUCUUUUCCGGUUGGAGAUGAAAGUCAUGUGUCUACACGUGUUGCCGGAACAUUUGGAUACCUUGAUCAUGAAUAUUACCAAACAAAUAGGUUGUCUGAGAAGAGUGAUGUCUACGCUUUUGGCGUUGUAUUAUUAGAAAUCAUCACAAACAAACCAGUGAUCGAUCAAACCCGCGACAUGCCUCACAUUGCAGAAUGGGCGAAAUUUAUGCUCACUAGAGGAGACCUUAGCAAUAUUGUGGAUCCUAAACUUCAAGGGGUUUAUGACUCUGGUUCUGCAUGGAAAGCUCUUGAAUUAGCAAUGACAUGCAUCAACUCUUCUUCCCGAGAAAGACCCAACAUGUCUCAUGUAGUUCAUGAACUAAAGGAUUGUGUGGUAUCUGAAAACAAGAGGACAAGAGACAUAGACACAGUGAGAUCCAUCGACAUUAACUUAAGCUUCAGUACUGAUAUGAACCCUAAGGCACGUUAAUCUCCACUCUACACCUGCAGCAUUCGUUCCACUGCAUUUUUUUAUUUUCAAGAACUAUGUCAAUGCAGAUAUUGCACAGCCUGAUGUCCUGAGCAUAUUUGAUAACAAGUAGAUAUGAGAGCUAAUUUAUCCU